AUGUCUCCGACACCACACAACCGCCAACACAUCUCUGCGACAACCACCCUAUUCAUUCUCACUUUCUUGAUUGUCUGCCUCUUCCCAAACUUAUUUCAUUUUCUUUGGCAAUUUCCUCUCACACUUGUGGGACUUGCAUCCUCGACGUCGAGCAGGUCUACCCCACGUCAUACCCCACCAUCAGCGACAAUGACGGGCUCUUGGUUCCAGAAGCAGUUCACGCUCCCUGCGCGGUCGCGCGGCUCCUACCUCAUCACCGAUGAGGUCGUCGGCCAGCUCCCGGAACUCAAGAACUACAAGGUCGGCAUCCUUCACUUGUUCGUGCAGCAUACGAGCUGCGCCCUCAGCCUCAACGAGAACUGGGACGAUGACGUCCGGGCCGACAUGAGUGAUGCGCUGGACCGUAUCGCACCUGAGGCCGGCCCCAAGGGCCAGGAGCUGUACCGCCACAGCGCCGAGGGCCCUGAUGACAUGCCGGCUCACAUCAAGAGCGCCCUUGUGGGCGCAAGCGUUACAAUUCCCAUCAAGGACGGCAGACUGGCUACGGGAACCUGGCAAGGAAUUUGGUACUUGGAGUUCAGAGCUAGCAAACACCAGCGCCGGCUGGUGGCCACCAUUCAGGGAGAGCCCAAGGCAUGA